AUGGAGGAAAAUGCCGUUGUAAGCCAACCGAAGGGCAAAACAUAAAUAGUACCAGCAGCAGGAAAAUCAAGAGAUGAAAUGAGAAUAUUCUUAUUUGAAUUCUUUGGAAUGGCAUUAUUUGCAUAUGGAAUCAUAUGUUCAUAAGGUUCAGAUGAAUUUUUAGCUUUGUUUUUCUUCGCAUCAGUUUGUUUGGCUGCUCCAUUUUCAGGAGCACAUGUAAACCCUGCUGUUACAUUAGCAAUGCUGUUGUCAAGAAGAAUCAACUUUGCCUAAGCAGUGAUAUAUUGGUUGGCUCAAUUCUCAGGAGCAUUGUGUGGAGCUUGCUGUUGCUAUCUAAUUUUGAAUGAAGUAGACAGCCCUGAAGUUAAGAGUACUGAUUACUCAUGGAUAUUAUCGGAUGUAAGCGGAGAAGCAUUUGGAACAUUUACCUUCAUCUUAUUCAUACUCAUCCAAACCGACCCAGAAACCACUUUAACCCCAGGAGGACAACCUAUGACCACUUAUGUCUUAGUUGCUUUAGCAUUGUACUUUUCAAGAGAAUUCACAUUUCAUUCAGGAGGAUGCUUAAACCCAGGCAUGGCAGUUUCCUUAUAAUUAUUUUAAUCAUUUUAAACAGGAGAUCGUUAAAGAAUGGAUUUCUUAUGGGUUUAUGUGGGUGGUCCGUUAGGAGGAGGAUUUGGAGCAAGUGUAUUUUUUGAACUUUUUUAUAAGAAAUAGAUAAAAAGACUCUGA